AUGUCGUCAUCCACUCAUGUCUGCAAGGGUACACAUGGACCCCCAUGCAGAGCCAAAAUUUGUGACCACACUGACCGAAAGGUACACGCUCCAGCAGAGGCUCCCUCAGCAGACGUCAAGCUGGCGACCGUAGCAGCCAAGAAAGGCAAGAAGGCCGAGGAGGAGGAGCAGCCUGCCGCACCUGCAGCAGCCGCACCAGCACCACCACCACCAGCAGCAGCAGCAGCAGCAGCAGCAGCAGCACCACCAGCAGCAGCAGCAGCAGCUCCGGCCGUGGCAGAAGCAGCAGCAGCAGCAGCAGCUGAGGAGGAAGAGGAGGAGGAGUAUGUGGUGGAGAAAGUUUUGGACCGCCGGGUAAUGAAGGGCAGAGUGGAGUUUCUGUUGAAAUGGAAGGGAUUCUCAGACGAGGACAAUACCUGGGAGCCACAGGACAACUUGGACUGUCCUGACCUUAUCGCAGAGUACAUGCAGAAACACAAAGAGAAGGAAGAGAAAAAGAAAGAAACCAAGAGGAAAGCUCCCAACGAGGCCACAGGAGACACAGCAGAACGAGGGAGUAAGAAGAAGAAGGAGGAGGGGGAGAAAGCCAGAGGUUUUGGUAGAGGUCUGCAGCCAGAGAGGAUUAUUGGAGCAACAGACUCGAGUGGAGAACUGAUGUUCCUCAUGAAGUGGAAGAAUUCAGAUGAGGCGGACCUCGUCCCAGCCAAGGAGGCCAAUGUCAAAUGUCCCCAGGUGGUCAUCUCUUUCUAUGAGGAACGCCUCACCUGGCACUCUUACCCCACGGAGGAGGAGGAGAAGAAAGAGGAGGAGAAAAAAGACUAGAUGAGUAGAGGAUGAGGAGGCGGAGUUGUAGGGCAGAAAAUCAACUUCAACUACAUGCUGGUGAACUGUUGUGCAAGUUAGAAGACUCCUGCAGCCACUUUGGCAGAGAAAGUGAUUAAAAAAAUAAAAAAUCCCAAAUCAUUGGGAUUGAACUGCCAAUGUAGCUGAGAGAGAGAAGAAGUGUGUUUUCCUGCCCUGGAAGGAGACAGCCCUGCUUUCCUCAAAAGAUGCUCCCACUUGUGUGUCAACUGAACAUGUAAGAAACACUUAAAAGAGGUAUGUUGACACUUAAGUUCCUCUCCUUUGCUUUACUUCCCUCACCAAGAACAUGUCACUUAAUGGGAGUCGGUGCCUUUGUUCUGCUAGUAUUUUUCAUUGUCGUCACAAACUAUUAAACUGAAUCCUGUGAAAUUAUUAAAGUGUUUGUCUCCUACAUUUAGUGACAAGUGCUUGGUGUUGGAAAUAACAGGGAUACAGAACAGGCUGUCAAUUUACCUCUUUAAUACAUGCAUUCAUGUGAGAAGCAAGCAGAGUGUUUGGCUGUUGCUGGCAAGUUUGUCACUCCCCCCAGUCACCGGUUCUCUUUUAGACGUCCUGUAUUAGAUAAGAGGGUGAAAGUGGAUUGUGGUGGUUUGGUGAGAACAAACUUUCCUCCCUGUUUUGACAGAAUACACCGGAGGGAACUUCUUUUGAAUGGGAAAGAAGUGAGGUAUUGAGGAGUGAAAGAAUGGACAGAAACCUUUUCUCACACUAUCUGUUCUCUUUGUGCCACCUGCAUUCUCAUUAUCCCGGUUCUACAUUUGAAACUCCACACAUCAAAGGACUGUAAAUUUCAGACUAGCUAGAUACAAUCGUUACGUGAACAGACCAGUUGUUGGCUUUAGCCUUUGCGUGUCCUACCAGCCAAUUGUGCAGCCAACCAGCCAGUGUUCAGAUGUCCUGCAUUUUUUGUGCUUAACUUUUUCUUCUUUUUUUUUUUUUAAAUACCUGACAGCUUUUUUCGUCAUUGUAGCCAUGGACAAAGCUCCAGCUUGUACUUUGCUUCGUGUUAGUUUUAUUUUUUAAUUUUUGAAAAUUAAAACUGUUUUUUUAAAAAAGUAUUUUAUCAAACCUGAGCUUAGUUUUUUGUGCUCAUUUUAUGGAGGUUCAUUGGCAAACAUUUUUUGUGAAUGUAAAUCUGUUGAUCUGUUACAAUAUACAGAGUGGGUUUAAUGUAAGUGCACAGACUUCAGUUCAUUUCCUGGUAGCUGUGGCAGGUUUGAUCCAAAAACUUCUAAAGUUGGUUGGUGAGCUGUCAGGUGGCUGGUGUGUGUGUGUGUACACACUGAACUGCUUCAGACCGAUCAGCAGCUGGCUGGUUGUCAUUUCCACUGAGUGAUGGGUACACUGUUUGACCUCAAUUGAAGACUUGCAUGGGGCAGAUUCUCAUAGCAGUGUAGAAUUGGCUCAGACUGGUAGCAGUCCAAGGCUUUUGUCGAACCAACACCUCCAGCCUGAAGAAGCUGAGAUCCCCUUUGACCUAAAGAUUAGAGGGGAGAUGAGUCGAGGACCAACUCAUGAUCCUUCAGAUAGAAACACAUCAUGCAGAAUGACACUGUGCCAGGCUGUCAAUACUGUAUCUUUUUAAAAGCACCCAAAAAAGAUCUAAAACCUAUCGCCCAGACGGUCUGACCAAUAUUAGCCUAUGGCAAAUAUAUAAGUUUUCGACAGAAAUACCAAAGAUGUUUGCAAACUGUAAUCUUAGCAUUUGUCCACCUGACAAAUUGUUUUAUUUUAACUGUAUGGGACAGAAUAUGGUAUAUGACUAAAUUGUCCUCAGUACAUUCCUUUGUCACAAAACAAAUGAGUAUUGAUGCAUUUGUAAUCAUUGAAUUAAAAAAACUCCAAUAUGUCAAUGUCUGUAUUGGCUUCAGCAAUCCUGCUUAAUAUUAAUAAUUGUUAUGUUGGAGUGUCUGUUUUUGGUACAAGGCCGAACAGGCGAUCAAUCUUUUUUUGACGCCUUCUGUACCUGUAUUAACAGUGCAGGGUGGGGCUGUUGUGUUGUUCACCAGUGAUGAAUUCAGCUGUCACUAUUAGUCAUAGGCUCUAGUUGUUUUAUAGAUCUACGGUCAGCCUCUUGUUUGGCUGAUGAGAAGGUGAGAGUUGCCUGUUUGGCUGGUUAGGUGGAGGUUCCCUGAUGAGGUCAAUGUUCUAUCACUCAGUGGAUAUGCACUCAAUAACAAAUACAACUGUUCUCCUGCCCAUGGAGGAUAAAAUAAAAAAUUAUGAAAAAUCUUCAUUUCCAGAACCUUGUUUAUAAUCUUUUCACACAUGUAUUUUCUAGGCUGUAUUAUUUAGCUUGCACUUGCCGGGCGACACUCAAGACAUAAUGACUCUGCAAAUUUUCAGUAGCUCCUGGUUCCUCUUGCUCGCAGAUCGUACUAUGUUCCACACUCCCUUUCAUAUUUGCAAAUAGGGUAAUAGGAUAGAGCUUUUGAAUUCUGCAUGAUCAAUAUAAUCACUUCAUAUUGAAUGUAGCCCGGCUGUGCUUAUUUCCAGGUAUACUCUAUUAAAGCUAAUAUUGUAGCUCACUCUGUUAGCGGACCUAGGUUAGCAAGUUCAAAUCUCCUUUCCCAUAAUAGUUUACUAUGGGUGGCCUUUCCUGCUUUGAGUUAUCUUGAAGAGAGAAUUUAAUUCUGAAAAAUAUAUUUCCAUAAUUAUAUUUUUCUAUUCCCAGUGGAUGUUACCUCUCUGCUUCACCUCACACUGCGUCACAUCACGAUCCUAGACAGAGCAGCUAUUUUUAAAUAAAAUUACCCUUUUUCCCACAGAAUUUGGUAAUUUUUAAUGAACCCUAACCACGUGUGACAUGUUGAAGAAGGUAUGUAAUGACCUAAAGCAGUAAGUUGCAUAAAAGACGGUACAAGUGACCACAGGUUGUGUAAGCAUAAUCAAAUUCCUACUGCAUUUCACAAAACUACUCGCUAUACAUUUAACUGGUACCACAUUCUGAACCAAAAACGUUUUUUAAUCUUGUCAUAAUAACGAGAUCUCUGACUCGUGUGCAGCCCAAUUACAGUACAGCGCUAUUUUCAGAGUGCUCGCUCGAGCUGUCAUGCUACCGCUAGCUCGCACUAUGGUCCACCGUCCACGCAGCAGUUGUGGCAUGCAAUGCAGUUCUUUACCUCACGCGAGAACUUAUCUGUCACUCUUCAGUCUGUACACCUGUCACUGUGAAUCUGUUGCGUGUGCAGUGCUCCCCUUGCUACCACCAACUUCUUCCUAAAUCAUUCUGUGAGACACUGCAACAUCCAUUUGUCUUUUCAUCUGGGUCCAAAUUACAGGUCUAAAUGUCAAUCUGAAAAUUUGUAUUCUUUUAGCCAGUGUUUGUUUAGCUGUAGAAACGUUGGUUGUUACAGGCUCUUGUCUUCACUGUGUGCACCAGUCUUAUGACUAAAAUAUCCUGCAGUCAGACUCCCCCUUGACAGGAAGGGAUUGAAUUAGCUGUAUCUGGGUCCGCUACUUAGCUUUUCUAUCUUGUCUCUGAAACUUUUCUCAGUGUUUAGCAGAUUAGCUUGUGUUAUCUUGUUGCUUGUAUAUUGGUUUCACGUGGAUUGUCACUGUCAGGCUGAUCUUACUUUGUCUGUUUUGGACAAUAAAGUUUUUUUGUUUUCAUAA